GACCCCAGACCCUGGACCCCGAGCCCCUCCGCGGACCCCAACCCCGACCUGCCCCGUACCAACAUGACAGGGCUGGAGGAGAACCAGGAGUUCGACUUCGAUUUCCUUUUCGAGUUUAACCAGAGCGACGAGGGCACCGCCGCUGCCCCAGAGCACUAUAGUUAUGCGUCCUCGAGCAUCAGCUCUGCUCUGCCUCCUGGCUCGGCUCGCCCCUCGCUGCCAGCUCCAUGCCAUGACCUGCAGACCUCGGCCCCAGGCAUGCCGGCCGCUGCGGCAAGUCAGCCCCCAGGCUAUGGUGGGGCGGUGGACAGCAGGCCCUCGAGCUGCUUCCUCUCCUCUGGCCACGUCAGGCCCAACGGGGCCCCGGCCCUGGAGAGUCCUCGCAUCGAGAUCACCUCGUACCUGGGACUGCACCACGGCAGCAACCAGUUUUUCCAUGAUGCAGAGGUAGAAGACGUCCCUCCCGGCUCCCAGCGGCCCCCGUGCACGGCCACUCUGGGUCUGCCCAGCCUGGAGGCCUACCGUGACCCCUCCUGCCUGAGCCCGGCCAGCAGCCUGUCAUCCCGUAGCUGCAACUCUGAGGCCUCGUCCUUCGAGUCUGGCUUCUCGUACCCCUAUGCAUCCCCACAGACGUCCCCAUGGCAGUCACCCUGUGUGUCCCCCAAGACCACGGACCCUGAGGACGGUUUCCCCCGUGGCCUGGGGGCCUGCGGCCUGCUCAGCUCCCCCAGACACUCACCCUGCACCUCGCCUCGCGCAAGCGUCACGGAGGAGAGCUGGUUGGGGGCCCGCACGUCCCGGCCCCCGUCCCCCUGCAACAAGAGGAAAUAUGGCCUCAAUGGCCGGCAGCUGUCUGGCUCCCCACACCACUCACCCACACCGUCCCCACGCAGCUCGCCGCGGGUCAGCGUCACCGACGACACCUGGCUGGGCAACAGCACGCAGUACACGAGCUCUGCUAUCGUGGCCGCCAUCAACGCCCUCAGCACCGACAGCAGCCUGGAGCUGGACGGCGUCCCGGUGAAAGCGCGCAAGACUGCCCUGGACCACUGUCCCUCUGUGGCGCUCAAGGUGGAGCCAGUGGGUGAGGACCUGGGGACCACGCCACCCACGUCCGAGUUCCUGCCCGAAGAGUUCCUGUCCUUCCAGCACAUCCGGAAGGGUGCGUUCUGUGACCAGUACCUGUCGGUGCCGCAGCAUCCAUACCAGUGGGCCCGGCCCCGGUCCCCGGCAUCCUACACCAGCCCGUCCCUCCCCGCCCUGGACUGGCAGCUGCCAUCGCGCUCGGGACCCUACGAGCUGAGGAUCGAGGUGCAGCCCAAGCCCCACCACAGAGCCCACUAUGAGACGGAGGGGAGCCGGGGGGCCGUGAAGGCGUCGGCCGGAGGACACCCCAGCGUGCAGCUACACGGCUACUUGGAGAAUGAGCCACUCACACUACAGCUGUUCAUUGGGACGGCCGACGACCGCCUGCUGAGACCCCACGCCUUCUACCAGGUCCACCGGAUCACAGGCAAGACCGUCUCCACCACCAGUCACGAAGCCAUCCUCUCCAACACCAAAGUCUUGGAAAUCCCACUGCUACCAGAGAACAACAUGCGAGCCAUUGUGGACUGUGCUGGGAUUCUGAAGCUUCGAAACUCGGACAUCGAGCUGCGGAAAGGGGAGACGGAUAUCGGGAGGAAGAACACCAGGGUGAGGCUUGUCUUCCGGGUCCACAUCCCACAGCCCAACGGCCGGACAUUGUCCCUGCAAGUGGCCUCCAACCCCAUCGAGUGCUCCCAGCGGUCGGCCCAGGAGCUGCCCCUCGUGGAGAAGCAGAGCGCAGCCAGCUGCCCUGUCCUCGGUGGGAAGAAGAUGGUCCUGUCUGGCCACAACUUUCUGCAAGACUCCAAGGUCAUUUUCGUGGAGAAAGCACCAGACGGUCACCACAUCUGGGAGAUGGAGGCGAAGAUGGACAGAGACCUGUGCAAGCCGAACUCGCUGGUGGUUGAGAUCCCGCCUUUCCGCAAUCAGAGAAUAACCAGCCCUGUGCAAGUCAGCUUCUAUGUCUGCAACGGGAAGAGAAAGAGAAGUCAGUACCAGCACUUCACCUACCUUCCUGCGAACGCUCCUACCAUAAAAACAGAGCCCACCGAUGAUUACGAGCCUGCUCUGACCUGUGGACCAAUGAGCCAGGGCCCGAGCCCUCUCCCCAAGCCGUGCUACAGCCAGCAGCUGGUGAUGCCGCCUGACCCGGGCUCCUGCCUGGUGGCCGGCUUCCCGCCCUGUCCACAGAGGAGCACCAUGGUGUCACCGCCCCCCAGCACCAGCCCGAAGCUCCACGACCUCUCUUCCGCCACCUACAGCAAGGGCAUGGCCAGCCCGGGCCACGGUCACCUCGGACUUCAGCGGCCGGCCGGAGGGCUCCUCGCCGUUCCGGAGACACCGAGACCCGUGGGCGUGCACCCCGGCCCCCCCCCAGCAGCCGCCUCCUGCCCUGCUGCGACCACAGUCCUGCAGCCCCACCCACCCAUCCGAGAUGGGCCACCAGCAGCACCGACUGCCGAAGGCUCCGAGGAGCGAGUCCGCAGGCCCCCGGCCUCUGCUGCUGCCCGAGGUGCAUGAGGACAGUAAUCAUAGUCUGGCCCCCAUUCCCGUAACGGUCAAGCGAGAGCCUCAGGAGCUGGACCAGCUGUAUCUGGACGACGGGUUGCACCUGCCUUUGGGAUGAGGUGCCACCUGAACUGCGUAGAGGUGGGCGGUCCUCUCGCAUGUUGGUCACCUGACUACUCGCGGAUCAGCGCUGUGACCAGAGGCCCCAUGAGCUGCCCAGGAUGGUCAGUCCAAGUCUGCACGUUCAUGGGCCCCGCGUGGAUUGUGUACGCAGGUGCCGGGGCCCCCGUUGUUGGCGCUACCCGUGUAUUCGGUGUAAGCUUUUCCGGGGCUAGAUGCCCAUCUCCCCUGCUGCUGGACUCAGAUGGGGGUGAGAGCCCAGGACAGUGCUGGACACAGGGCCCCCAGCCUCCCUGAAACACCCUCCUCUGGGGUCGGGGCCUUGCAUUGAAGGCUCAUGUCUCCCGCUACAGCUGUCUCCGUAAACGUCGCAUUUCCACUGUUUUGAGUUCUGCGGGCUACCCUGGGGCCCUGGUGUUGGGAGGAGUGUUUUCGGAAGAGUGUUUGCUCCUGAAGUGGCUGUUUCAGAGGGGUGGCACCUACGGGCCCUUCCCCCCACAAGCUGAGAGUCAGGGUGGCCAGGAGACACGGAAGCCUUCCCGGCCACAGCGUCUGGCCGCCAGCGAUCGCCCUCGGCUCAGUGGCCCAGGCAGGACAAGGGCUCCCGUGCUCAGGGUUUCUCACACUGCCGUCCGUGGGGGUAAAAACGGGGCCGGUCCCAGGCUUCUCCAUCCCUAACUGAGGGCUGCAAGCUCUCAGAUAUUUUUGUUCCAUAGUUGGUCAACCCUUGAGCCUGGAGAUGUCCUUGGAGCCUGUUGUGGGUUCCCUCCCGCCCCUGACAGGCAUUCAGGGACACCCCAGAACUCAGCAGCUUCCGUACCACACUCGGGGUCCACAGCUGACCUCAGCAGCUUCAGCUUCUGUUUUGGAUUCCGUCCCCUGAGGUUAGACCCACGGCGGCCGUGCUCCCUGCCUGGCCCCUCUGCGAGCUCAGCUUUGUCCCAGGGAGUUGCGGGGUGGCCCCACGAGCAGCUGGGCGGGCCCGAGGAGCAUGUGCACUGCUCCUCUCCUGGUCCCAGCCAAGCCUGCGGUGCUUUCAGGCGAGCUAGGGUGACCGGCCCGGCAGGCCUUCUGGUCUGUCUUGCUGCCCUGAGUGUGUUGUGGUAAGAGGCAGCCUUGCGAGGGUGGGAGAGGCGCACGUGGCACGUGUGAUGGGGUGUCCUGCCCCGGGUGAGCCCACAGUUGCUGGAUCCACCCUCGAGAAGGUGCCGGGGCCCCCGUGAGUCUCUAGGCCCCUCCAGACCAGGGCUUCCCUGUGCAGGCACUGGAUUUGGUCAGGAGGGCAAACCUAAGUGAGACCCUUCGGUCCAGUGGGGCCGUUGGCUGCACACCCCGCAGCGUGGACUCUCGUCUGCAGGGGUGCGGCCGUCAGCCUCGCGGUGCAGCACCCCGUGCUGGCUCGAGGAGCAGGGCUCUGGGGCUGCUCUCUGCAAGGAGCCACCACCUCCCCGCUGGCUCCUGGCUCAGACUCCCUCCGGGGCUCCUGCCAACACCCGUCCUGGUGCUCCUGCUGCAGAGGUGGUGAACACCCGCGUUCACUGUAUGCUGCACCCUGGCUGGAGGGUCCCACGCCUGCACCCACUUCGUGAGCCCACUUUCCAACAGCUCUUCCCUUCUCCGUGCCCCCCAGACAUUCCGCCUCGGUCUCCCUGGGAGCAUGGUCUUGUCUCCAGACCACUAGUGUCUCACCUCCUGCUCCGAGCCUCAGCGCCCCCUGAGCUGACCAGCUGCCAUGGGGCCGCCGGCGCUUCCCGGCCAUGCCUGUGGUCCUGGGAGCCCUGGGCAGAGGUUCUGAGGCGCAGGGAGCCUGUGUGCAAAGAGGUUUUCUCCGCCUCGAUUUGGGGCUGGAAUUAUGGGCCCUUGUUUCCAAGAAGGCCCCAUAAUCCCAGGCCAGGUGUGAAUAAAGAUUUUCAGU